GCCUAGUUAUCUGACUGUUUCUAGGGGCGUUCAAAGCCAGGACGACACUAUAAAGCUGUGCCAGUGUUGGAGAAACAGUAGAGACAGAGCCACAGCCAUGGACACCAUCACACAUCAACAGAACAAUAUCCCAGCACUACCAAAUUCCAAGUCUAGGCGGAACAUCGACCACUUCACAGAUGUGCAUGAUCUGCCUUGCAUUGAGAAGAUUGUGCGCUCAGUGGAGGAUACUCCUAAUCCCAUCAGCACCGUUAUCACUGGAAAAAUCCCAGAAUGGAUCAACGGACGCUUCUUGAGAAAUGGGCCUGGGAAGUUUGAGAUCGGAAACCAUAAGUUCAACCACUGGUUUGAUGGUAUGGCUCUCCUGCACCAGUUCAAAAUCUCCAACGGACAGGUGACUUACAAAAGCCGCUUCCUGUCCAGUGACAGUUACAAAGCCAACAAGGAGCACAACCGCAUCACAGUGUCAGAGUUUGGCACUGUCAACAUGCCAGACCCCUGUAAAAACUUAUUCCAGCGCUUCCUGUCAAGAUUUGAAUUUCCAAAGACCACAGAUAAUGCCAAUGUGAGCUUUGUGACAUACAAAGGUGAUUAUUAUGUCAGCACUGAAACCAAUGUCAUGCACAAGGUGGACCCUGAGACACUAGAGACGACUAAAAAGGUGGACUGGAGCAAAUUCAUUGCUGUGAACGGAGCGACUGCACACCCCCACAUGGAGCCUGAUGGAACAACCUACAACAUGGGGAAUUCAUACACCUCUAAAGGCACGACCUAUAACAUCAUCCGAGUGCCGCCGACCAAGAAAACAGCCGAGGAAACCCUGGAGGGAGCCACAGUGCUGUGCUCUAUUCCCUCAGUGGACAAGAGCAAACCAUCCUACUACCACAGCUUUGCAAUGUCAGAGAACUAUGUGGUGUUUAUUGAGCAGCCUAUCAAGAUGGACCUGUUAAAGAUUGUGACAGGCAAGCUGAGAGGGAAAAGCAUCAGUGAUGGACUUUUCUGGGACCCGAAACGCGACACCAUCUUCCACCUGAUUCACAAACAUACAGGAAAGUUAAGCUCCAUCGAGUACCUUGCCAAGCCGCUGUUAACUCUGCACCAGAUUAACGCGUACGAGGAGGACGGCUUCUUGAUCCUAGAUAUGUGUGCUUCAGAUGAUGGCAAGGCAAUUAUUAACUACAACAUUCAAAACCUGCGCAAGUCUGGAGAAGAUCUUGAUGAGGUGUAUAACACCAUGUGUAGAAACUUCCCACGGCGUUUUGUUCUACCUCUCAAUGUGGACGAUGAUACCCCCUGCAACCAGAACUUGAACCGGCCCAACACCGCAGCCACUUCGAUAAAAAUUGGCAAGAAGAAGGUCUUCUGUACCCAUGAGGACCUCCACGGAGAGGAUCUUCAUCAAUAUGGAGGUCUAGAGUUCCCCCAGAUCCACUAUGACAAGUACAACACCCACCCCUACCGAUACUUCUAUGGCUGCGGCUUCAGACAUCUUGUAGGAGACUCGCUGAUCAAGAUGGACCUCCAUGGGAAACACAUGAAGGUGUGGGAACAACCUGGUUUUUAUCCGUCCGAACCGGUCUUUGUACCCUCCCCUAAUGCCACGGAGGAGGACGAUGGUGUCGUCAUGUCUGUGGUCAUCACUCCCAAUAAGGACAAGAGUACAUUCCUGCUGGUUUUAGAUGCCAAAACGUUCGAGGAGCUGGGCAGGGCUGCGGUGCCCGUCAACAUCCCCUACGGUUUCCACGGGACAUUCAAUGCCACGCCAUAAACUAUCUAAAUAUUGACAUUUUGGUUGUCUCAACGCACACAAGGUCACUACACAAAUAUCAAUGUGCUGUAUAGUUUGCUUGUUAGAAAAAGAAGAAAAAGAUCCCUACUCAUAAUUAAAGGUGCACUAUGAGUCCCUGCAUGGUUUCAGCGCAAUUUCCUUUUUGUCUCAAAUUGUACUGCAUCUCUCCUUGAUCCACUAGCUGCCCGCCCCCUGAAUACACUGUGAAAAAGCAAGGUCUUGGGAGACAACACAGGGAUUGUAAAUGUCAAACAAACACUAGAGGGACAGACUGUGCACCAAAAUACCACAAACCACGUGCCAGCCUAUUACCGACAAGAUGGUUGGGGUUGGGGGUUAGUUUGCAUGCACAUAAUGGAGCAGAGUUGAUUGAGUAGCAUGAGUUGUAUAAAUGUGGUUUGUUGUAUUUUGGUGCAC